AGUAUAAAAGAGCGCGUCUUGACCCGCAGUGUCACUUGAUGGUGCUGAAACUCCUGCACGCAAAAUGAGCUUAACCCGAGAUGACAAGAACUCCUCUGUGGAGCUGAAGGAAUAUAUGGACAACUCGGCUUUCCAGGGCGAUGAAGACGUUACGAGCCCCGUUACGAGCCCCGGUCCGGAGCAGCGCGUCUCUGUGAGCGCAGAGGAAAGCGCGUACACGCAGAUCAAACCGUACGCCGGGAUGCCCAAAGAAGUGCUGCUCUUAUAUUCCAGGCAGGCUCGAUACCGCAUACCGAGAGAAAUCCUCUUCUGGCUGACGGUGGCGUGCACACUGGCGCUCAUAGCGCUCACCAUCACACUCAUAGCCCUCUCUCCCUCCUGCCUGAGCUGGUGGCAAACCACGCCGGUUUAUCAGAUCUACCCCCGCUCCUUCAAAGACUCGGACGGAGACGGUGUCGGAGACCUCAAGGGCAUCAGAGAAAAACUGAGCCAUAUCCAGUACUUAAACAUCAAAGCAAUCUGGAUCAGCCCUUUCUAUAAGUCUCCCAUGAAGGAUUUUGGCUAUGAUGUGGAAGACUUCAGGAAUGUCGAUCCUCUCUUUGGAACCAUGGCAGACUUUGAUGAGCUGCUGUCCAGCAUGCAUAGCAUGGGUCUGAAACUGAUAAUGGACUACAUUCCGAACCACACUAGUGAUAAGCACAUCUGGUUCCAGCUCAGCCGUAACCGCACCGAAUACUAUUCUGACUUCUAUAUCUGGGUGAACUGCACCGAGGGCAAACCGCCUAACAACUGGCUAAGUGUGUUUGGGAACUCCAGCUGGACGUAUGACUCAGUUCGUGGGCAGUGCUACUUUCAUCAGUUCCUCAAAGAGCAGCCAGAUCUCAACUUCCGUAACCCCAACGUCGUAAAGGAGAUGACGGACAUAAUCCAUUUCUGGUUAAAGAAGGGGGUGGAUGGGUUCCGCAUGGACGCUGUCAAGCACAUGCUCGAAGCUACGCAUUUGAGGAAUGAACCCCAGGUUGAUCCUGAACAACCUCCUGAGACUGUGGAUACGGAAUUUGAGCUGUACCAUGACUAUACAUACACGCAGGUAGGCCUGCACGACAUCCUCCGAAGCUGGAGAGUAGAUCUGGAUGAAUACAGCAGGGAACCAGGACGCUACCGUUUUAUGGUGACAGAGUCAUAUGACUAUGAGGAAAUUGAAAAAACCAUGAUGUACUAUGGAACCCAUUUUGCUAAAGAGGCCGAUUUCGCCUUUAACUUUUAUCUGCUGGACCUCCCGGAUGGCCUGUCUGGAUUGAGAGCAAAGGAACUGGUUGAUCUCUGGAUGUCAAAUAUGCCCAAGGGGAAAUGGCCAAACUGGGUGGUGGGGAAUCAUGACAAGCCACGCAUGAGCUCCAGGACUGGUCAGGAAUAUGUUCGAGUUGUCAACCUGCUGCUGUUAACACUACCUGGAACCCCCACCACAUACUAUGGAGAGGAGAUUGGCAUGGAGAAUGUUAACGUUUCUGUUAUCCAGGAUCCUUUUGGAAUACACGACCCAAAUAACAGUCGGGAUCCUCAGAGGACACCCAUGCAGUGGAACAACGGUCUCAAUGCCGGCUUUAGUGAUAGCAAGAAUGGUACCUGGUUGGACAUAGGUCCAAACUUCCACACCAUCAAUGUAGAGGCUCAGACGGGUGACCCUACCUCAGUGCUGGAGCAGUACCGCACUCUGGCUCUGCUCCGAGAAAAGGAGAUGGCAUUGAAUCGAGGCUGGCUCUGCUACGUCUGGGCAGAUGAAAACGUGUUUGCCUUUUUGCGUGAGCUAGAUGGACUGAACCAGGCUUUUCUGGUACUCCUGAACUUUGGUGAAGAUACAGAAACAGACCUCUCAGCUGUUAGUGAGCUGCCAGAUCAUCUCACCGUUCACUUCAGUACACAAUCUGAGACUGAGAGCAGCUUCUCCAAAUCCAAAAUCAGAACCUCGAAGGGCCAGGGACUGCUGCUGAAGUACUCCACCAGUAAGCGCUUUCACCUCAACCAUGAGUCUGAGUGUUACGUCUCUGAGAAGGCAUGCUUCCUAAGUGCCCUUAAUAUUUUGUACCAGUGCUGAGAAUGUGAUAUGAAUAAAAGCAUGGAGAUGCAGUGCCAAGCACCCCUGCCAAGCUCAA